CAACAGCAGCAGAAGCUUUGUCGCGCGUAUGUGUGUGAGUGUGUCUUGUUAUUGUUAUUGUAUAUGUGUCGCUGAAUCCUAAAUGAUGGACGCCGCAUACUAAACAAUGGCGUGUUAAGCAACAACAACGACGGCAUCAAGCUGAAAGUGAAACGGAGCGUCGCUGAUAAGUACAGCAUAAAAGCAAAUAGAAAAAAAAACAAAAACAAACGAAAACAAAGGAUCAGUUGAUAAAGCGUAAACUGCAAAGCAAUUGGAAACCUAUUGGAAUUGAGCUGCAUGCAAUUCAGCCGGUGGUAGCCGGUGGUGCAGCCUCCAGCAAAAACGACGACGACGACGACUUAAGCUGCCUUUUGACAACGACGAUUGGAGGAGCCGGCAGGUAGCAAUAGGGUAGGCGGCGGUAAGCAUCCUGUGCUGUGGGCAUGUCCACAGCCAAAAGACUGGUGCUCUCGCUACGUGGACGCAAAAAUUCGCAGGGCAAUUCGGCGACAUCGUCGACGCGGCUCGUAUCCGCUGGCACCUCGCCGGGCCAUGAGCUGGACGAAAUAGCCGUUGUCUCCGGCACCGGUUCGACUAGCCAUCAUUUCUCCUAUGGCGGCUGUAUUGGCAACAACAACGACGCCAUCAGCGCCGCGGCUGUGGCCUGUUAUUCAACAGAUCUAGGCCCCAAGUUUGGCAUGUCCCAGCCGAAAUUCGGUCAGAGCGUCUCGCAACAAGGUUUCUUUACGUCGCAUGACAGCCUGGCCACACCAUGUGCAUCCAGAGCAUCGAACUCGCAUAUGGCCAACGUAAGCACUGCCUCCGAAAUGGAUUUAUUGCACAACAACAAGCAACGCCCCAACAACAACAAGUCGCGCGGACGUCUGAAAACAAUUGGCGGCGAUCAGCCACUGCUGGGCACCUGGAAUCGAUCCACAGGCCGCGGCUCGCAGGAUAACACGCUAAGUGGCGGCGGUGCUGGUGGCGCUGGCAGCGGUGGUGCUGGUGGCGGUGCUGGUGCCACCAACAUGCUCAUGGGUCAUACACAAUAUGGCGGCAACUAUUGCAAUGGCACAGAUCGCUACCCGCGCUCGCGUUCGCAACAGCAUCACAAUGCCGGACAAGCGACGCACCACCCAUACCAGCUGCAACACUCUGCCUCCACGGUAUCGCACCACCCGCAUGCGCAUGGUCAAUCGGCACAAGGUGGACCCGGACCACCUCAUGGCGGCCAUCCACACCAUCAGUCACAUGGUGGCAGUGGUGUUGGUGGUGGUGGUGGCAUUGGUGGCGGUGCUGGUUCCAGUGCUGGUGGUGGACAUGCAACACAGCCGCAUCACCAGAAACCGCAUCGUACUGCCUCGCAGCGCAUUCGCGCCGCCACAGCUGCCCGCAAGCUGCAUUUUGUCUUUGAUCCGGCGGGGCGGCUGUGCUACUAUUGGUCCAUGGUGGUUUCCAUGGCCUUUUUGUAUAAUUUCUGGGUGAUAAUUUACCGCUUCGCCUUUCAGGAGAUCAAUCGUCGCACAAUUGCCAUUUGGUUCUGCUUGGACUAUCUGUCCGACUUUCUAUAUCUGAUCGACAUAUUCUUUCACUUUCGCACCGGCUACCUGGAGGAUGGGGUCCUGCAGACGGAUGCCUUGAAGCUGCGCACUCACUACAUGAAUUCGACGAUCUUCUACAUCGAUUGCCUGUGCCUGCUGCCGUUAGACUUUUUGUAUUUAUCGAUCGGCUUCAAUUCGAUACUGCGCAGCUUUCGCCUGGUGAAGAUUUAUCGAUUUUGGGCUUUCAUGGAUCGCACGGAACGGCACACGAACUAUCCGAAUCUGUUUCGAUCGACGGCCCUAAUACACUAUCUGCUUGUGAUAUUCCAUUGGAACGGCUGCCUCUACCACAUCAUACACAAGAACAAUGGCUUCGGCUCGCGCAACUGGGUCUACCACGACUCCGAGUCAGCGGACGUAGUGAAACAGUAUCUGCAGAGCUAUUACUGGUGCACCCUAGCAUUAACCACCAUCGGGGAUCUGCCCAAGCCCCGCUCGAAAGGAGAGUACGUCUUUGUGAUAUUGCAAUUGCUAUUCGGUCUGAUGCUAUUUGCUACGGUGCUCGGACAUGUAGCAAACAUAGUAACAUCAGUGAGUGCAGCGCGCAAGGAAUUUCAAGCCAAACUGGAUGGAGUUAAGACGUACAUGCGCAUGCGGCGUGUUCCGAAUCAUCUGCAGGUGAAGGUCAUCAAAUGGUUCGAUUACCUGUGGCUCACGCAAAAGUGCUCAGACGAGGAGCGCGCCGUAUCCUGUCUUCCUGAUAAAUUAAAGGCUGAAAUAGCAAUUAACGUCCAUUUAGAUACACUUAAGCGGGUUGAGAUUUUUCAAAAUACCGAAGCGGGUUUCCUUUGCGAAUUGGUGCUGCGACUGCGACCCGUGCUCUUCUCUCCGGGCGAUUACAUUUGCCGCAAAGGCGAAGUGGGCAAGGAGAUGUACAUUGUGAAUCGUGGACGAUUGCAGGUCGUUGCCGACAAUGGCAAAACGGUGAUGGCCUCGUUAAAGGCAGGUUCCUAUUUCGGCGAAAUUAGUAUACUGAAUAUGGGCACCGCAGGUAAAGAACUUGGCAACAGACGCACCGCCAGCGUGCGCUCCGUGGGCUACAGCGAUCUGUUCGUGCUCAGCAAAAAGGACAUGUGGGACGUGCUCAAGGAAUAUCCGGCGGCACGCGUUCGCCUCGAGUCGAUAGCCGUCAAACGUUUGGAGAAAUACAAAAAGGCGCCGCUGGAGAAAGUCAAAUACUUUAAUGUAGUUGCCAUGGGCCGUUGCCAGUCAACGCCGGGAUUGGUGGAGAGCUGCGGUCGCACCACUUUGGAGGAUAUGUGGCUGCCACCAGCUGCUGUCAAUAUGCUGCAUCAUGUGCAGCAACAUCAACAGCAGCAACAGCAACAGCAGCAACAACAGCAGCAACAGCAGCAGCAGCAACAGCUGCCCCAUUCACACGGCUACAGUCCACGCAGUUAUACGGAGCAUUUGGUGCGUGCCACAGACUCGCCGCGUUCGAUUAGUCCCAGUGCACACGGCUCCGAGGAGAGGCCACGCAGUCGCGCCACCUCACACCACUCAAUGCGACCGCAAUCGCAGCCUAGUCAUACAGGUCACAUUUGCGAUUCGAGCUCGCAGCUGGAAUGCUAUGGCGCCGGCGUGGGUGGCGCUGGCGGUGGCACCACGCCGCUGCUCGGCUCUCAUGAGGCACUUGAGGAUGAGAUAAAGCGUUUGAGAGAACGUCUGCAUACCGUUGAGUCUGAGAAUCAGGCUCUGAACACAAAACUGUCGCAGCAGCAAUGGGAUUUGGAGAAUCGUCUAGCCGAGAUUGAAAUGCAAAUCUGUGGCGUUUCGUCCACGUCCAGCGUGGACCCAGACAACGAAGCCGAGGAGCUGGAACGGAAUCGCGAGAGUAUCAUAUAACACGGGAGCGUGCUGCCCCAUCAGCAUCAGCCGAUCGGAGCAGCAGCUGCUAGCACAAGCAACAGCAACAUGAC